AUGAAGUCACUUGAGUAUUUAUCCUUAUGGAGUAAUAAUCUUUCCGGUCCAAUUCCUAGAGAGUUGGGAAAUUUGAAAAACCUCACUAGAUUGGAUUUAUCCUAUAAUCAGCUUACUGGUCCUGUUCCUGUUUCCUUUGGCAAUUUGAGAAACUUGCAGAUACUAAAUCUCGAUGCCAACAAACUUUCAGGUUCUAUUCCAAAAGAAUUUGCAUAUUUGGAUAACUUGGUUUCAUUAUCAAUGAGUUACAAUCACUUUUCAGGCCAUUUGCCAGAGCGGCUUUGCCAAGGUGGGAAACUUGAGAUUUUCACGGUGAAUAGUAACAAGCUUACAGGGCCAAUCCCAAGAAGCUUGAGCAAGUGCUCGAGUUUCAAACGGGUUCGCUUCAAUAACAACAACUUUACUGGGAAUUUAUCAGAAGCUUUUGGCAUCCAUCCAGAGCUUCGGUUCAUUGAUUUGAGCGACAAUGAUUUUCAUGGUGAACUCAGCAGCAACUGGGGGAAAUGCGAAAAUUUGAUUGAUCUGCGUGUAGCCAGAAAUAACAUUAGUGGUAGCAUACCACCAGAGAUUGGAAAUUUGAACCUGAGCAACAAGUUUGGCCAGAAUAUUCCAAAGGAUAUAGGAAGGAUAACUCAGCUUAAUGUACUUGAUUUGAGCUACAAUCUUCUGGUUGGAGAUAUACCCCCUCAGUUAGCCAAUUUGAAGGUGUUGGUAAACUUAAAUCUUUCCCACAAUGGCCUAUCUGGAUGCAUUCCCAAAGAACUUGAAACUUCAACUGGUUUGCAUGAUGUCGUUUCGUCAUACAAUGAGUUGGAAGGUCCAAUCCCUAAUAAUAAGGCUUUUAUCAAUGCCUCAUUGGAGGGUAAUAAAGGUCUUUGCGGCAAUGUAGCAGGACUCCAUCCCUGCGAAAUGUCGUCUUCUGUGGUGAAGAGGCACUCAAUGGCGAAGGGACGUAAACUCAUCCUCAUCACUGUACUUCCUGUUAUGGGAGCAUUAGUACUGCUCUGCGUUUUCAUUGGUGUUCUCUUUAUGUGUAAUAAAAGAAGGAGAGUUAGAGACGUUGAAAGAAGGGAUGGUGAUGGUUGGCUUUCGAUAUCCAUGUUAGAUGGGAAAGCAUUGUACAGGGACAUCUUAAAUGCCACAGAAGAGUUUGAUGCAAAAUUUUGCAUCGGGUAA